CCGAACUGCCAGUCAACUUUCCCGAUUCUCUCUUUUUGAUCCGCCAUUGUGUCAGAGUGUUUCUCUUGCAGUUUGCUGCUAGCUAAAAAUCACUUAAAAAUGGAGAAUGACGCUGGAGAAUUCGUUGAUUUGUACUGCCCGAGGAAGUGCUCUUCCAGCAAUCGGAUCAUUCACGCCAAGGAUCAUGCCUCCAUUCAGAUCAACAUCGUCGAUGUGAACCCACAGACCGGCCGUAUGUUGGAAACCUCCAAGGUGUACGCUAUCUGCGGUGAAAUCCGUCGGAUGGGUGAAUCGGACGAUUGCAUUGUCCGGUUGGCCAAAAAAGAUGGACUGUUGACGAAGAACUACUAAAUAUUGGUUUGGUUUGUGAAUGGUCAAAUAAAACAAGCUAAAGUGAUUUAA